GCAACUCUAAUUUAUGAUAAACUUAAAUUUUCAACCCUUGCUAGCGCUGUGCGAAUUCUCCGAAUGAAUACGGUAACCUAUGGGUCAUAUAGAACUAUAAUUUAUUAGUUCGGGACGGGAAGACCCGCGCUUCAAAAGAAUUGAUAAGACGUGCUACAUAGUAGUCACGUUUCCUGAACUGCAGUAACCGAGAGUUGUUCCGCCAAUGAUGUUACUAGAGCCCAGACAGACUAGAAUCAAAUCCGACUGAACCUCAAUGUGCUAGUCUUAUAGAAUCUGGGACGUCGUCUACCUCUAAGACUGGAAAUAAUUCAUCUCAAACCAACAUAGCAUUUCAUUGCUUCACAGUACUGAGCGGAUACUUGCGAAAAUGGCAGAAAAGGCAACAGAAAGUGCGAUGAGCACAAUUCAUGGAGUCGGCGCUAGCAAGAUCCAGAAAGUAAAGGCGAAGAAGAAAUCUCUAGUAACCUUUGUUGUUGGAGGAAGUGCUGGGUUUGUGGAAGGACUAAUCUGCCAUCCUCUUGAUACAAUCAAAGUCAGAAUGCAACUAUCACAAAGCACUGGAGAGGUACAAUUACAUACGAUGUUUUCAAAAAAUCCGAAAAGAACUAAUUCUAUUAUCACAAAGGGUGCGCGGACGGGUCUUUUUAGAACCGGAUACGGUAUCGUCAAAUCCGAGUCUCUUUCUGCGUUGUGGAGGGGGUCAGGACCGGUCUUGACUGGUAUUGUUCCGAAGAUGGCGGUGCGAUUUACAAGUUUUGAGACAUACAAGCGGCUGCUUUCAGGGCAACAAACUUCGACUUUGUCUAACACAAAGCUUCUUGCAGCUGCUCUCUCCGCGGGAGUUACCGAGGCAGUCGUUAUAGUAACCCCUAUGGAUGUAAUGAAGAUUCGUCUUCAAGCUAUACAAAAAUCCGGGGACCAGAGUGCCUUUCAAGUACUUCGACAGAUGAUCAAAUAUGAAGGUUUCCAAGUUCUUUACAAGGGUGUAGCUCUGACCGCACUUCGACAAGGAACGAAUCAAAUGGCGAACCUUUACACCUACACGAAAUUGACAGACUGGCUCCGUGCUAGACAGACACAAUAUCAAGACUCGAGACUGCCCAUAUUUCAGCUUAUUGGCGUUGGCCUAUUUGCGGGAUCUAUGGGGCCUCUGUGUAAUGGCCCAAUAGAUAUCAUUAAAACUCGAGUUCAACAGUCUGCAAGACCUCCAGGAAAAGGUCCUAUCACACAUGCUACAGAUCUCGCAAGAAGGAUCGUAGCAAACGAAGGCAUUCGGGGUCUCUAUAGAGGCGUUACUCCGCGAAUAUUAAGAGUCGGCGUUGGUCAAGCUGUAGUGUUUCCAGUUUAUGAAUUGCUUAAUGAACUAGUCAACAAGGCAUAAGGUUUUCUAUAUAGAUUAAGACUACCCUUCUUUGUUUAUAUAAUAAAUUAUUUCAGACAUUUCACUGAAGAGAAUCUGGAGUUAUGAUAAGU